GUCGGUGUCAGUGAUGUAAAUUCAAGAAUUAAAAUUAAGGAUUUGAGGAGAACGGAGAAAAACGCACUGGGAUUUCGGUUGCUUUUGAAAAGAAAGAAACCGAAGAGAAAACGAUACGUUCGCAGGAACAUUAACAGACUACUGCCUGGAACACUGGAUGCGGGUGCAUUCCGAGGAUUUGUACUCCAAAAACUUUUUUUUUUAAUUGCACGUUGGUAAAUACUGAGUGUUUUCGAGUAACAUCUUACAGUAUGUAUUUAGUGUCCUCAUUGCGGAAAUUUCUUAAAUGUUCUUCAGAAGACGAUGAGGUCAUUCAACCAGGUUUCAUCAGCCCCAGGCGGGGCAAGCAAAGGUGGAGAAGAGCCCGGGAAGCUGCCGGAGCAGGCAGAGGAGGAAUCCCAGGUUUUGCACGGAACUGGCCACUGUAAGUGGUUCAAUGUCCGAAUGGGAUUUGGAUUCAUCUCCAUGAUAAGCCGAGAGGGAAGCCCCUUGGAUAUUCCAGUCGAUGUAUUUGUACACCAAAGCAAAUUAUUCAUGGAAGGAUUUAGAAGCCUAAAAGAAGGAGAACCAGUGGAAUUCACAUUUAAAAAAUCUUCCAAAGGCCUUGAAUCAAUACGGGUAACAGGACCUGGUGGGAGCCCCUGUUUAGGAAGUGACAGAAGACCCAAAGGGAAGACACUACAGAAAAGAAAACCAAAGGGAGAUAGAUGCUACAACUGUGGUGGCCUUGAUCAUCAUGCUAAGGAAUGUAGUCUACCUCCUCAGCCAAAGAAGUGCCAUUACUGUCAGAGCAUCACGCACAUGGUGGCAAACUGCCCACAUAAAACUGUUGUGCAGUCGCCCGCCAGUUCUCAGGGAAGACAGGAAGCAGAAUCACAGCCAUGCACUUCGACCUUCCCUCGAGAGAUGGGGGGAGGGCAUGGCUGUACAUCACCACCCUUUCCUCAGGAGGCUAGGUCCGAGAUCUCAGAGUGGCCAGGCAGGUCACCUCCAGAAGCUUCCUCCACGAAGUCAUCUGCAGCAGCAGAAGAACAAAGCAAAAAGGGGCCUUCUGUUCAAAAAAGGAAAAAGACAUAACCCUUCGUGUUAAUGUAUCGUUUUCUUUCCCCAGUUGGGAAGUCUACCUCAUGCAAGUACAGGGGAACAGUAUUUCACAAACAGCAGCUGACCUGGGAUUUUAACUACUGUUGAGGAACUGUGAAUUUUUUUAAACAGACAAAUCACUCUAAGCAAGUUACAUUUGAGCAGGGUGUUAUGUUUUAUGUUACGCAGAAGGAGAUACAAUGUGUAUCUAUAUGUGCAUGUGUGAGAGGGGGAGAGCGUGAGUCUCUGUGUGUGUCAGAGGAUUUUAUAUAGGAGUGUAGACACAUAUAUAAAGAGGGUUUGUCUUUAUAUAUGUGUGUCUAGAGAUAUAAGCACACACCCUCCCUCACAGAAUUGGACAUCCCCAAGCCUUGAAAACCCAUGUAUGGAGCAUUUUAGAUGGUUUUGAAAAUAACCCCUGGAGUUUUUCUUGAAAUACCACUCCCUUUAUAUGACACAAAAAUAAAAACAUGACUGUUACCUUUUGUGUAAACCAAAGGAUACUUCAGAUCUCAGAGCUGCCAAUCAUAUGGUACUAAAAGUUUUUAAGACAUCAGUUCUUCCAAACUUGGGAUUGCCUCUUUUUCUUGAUAUCAGUAGAGCUUGUCCCCCAUUCCUCCAACCCCUUGAAGGCAGUUCCUUAACUCCAUAUGCCUCUGACUGCCAUAGCUUUUUUUUGAAUCUGGGAUACAUAACUCCAGAAAAGACAAUGAAUGUGUAAUUUCUGUGCCGAUAUUUCAAUGUUUUUGAUUCAUAUAUGUUUUGAUUGUAAAUUAGAUGCCUAUUAAGAGAAAUGAAGAGGAGGGCAAUGUAUAAAUGUAGUGACUUGAUUGUUUUCAGUGGUAUUUUGAUACCAGCUCAUUAUAAUCUUUUACACGUUGUGAGGUUUUGAAGGGAUCGUGGCGACAGCAGCCUCCCUUGACCAAGUCAAUCCUUGGAACCAUCACUUUGAGCAGGGGCCCUCCUUGUUUACUACUGAGACCAUGGAGGAAAACUCCAGUCAUUUGGUGUAUAUCUUUGGGGCUGCUUUUAUUUCCCCUGGUGAGUUAUCUAACUUGUUUCUAAAACAAAUAAAGAAAACAGCACAGAUAUGAAUAAAAUGCCAGGGUUGAGAAUGAAAAUUAAGUGGAUGCUCACGAUUGCCCAAUAUGUAUGACCUUGAAUAAUAUUAAAAAAUGCAGUGUUUGGUGGCAGGCAACUAGAACAAUGAAUCUGGGGCAGAGGUCCGAAAACCUCUCCUACAAGAGAGCUAGAAGUAUUUUAUACAAUAAAAUUGAUCUUAUGGAAGUUCCCUUUAUUACUUAUGCUGGAGUAACCUAUAUGGUGGAUUCAGGAAGAACAUGCAGUGAUGGGGAUAGAGACGCUUGUCACAUUGGUCCUCAGUUAUAUUAAUAAACUGGCUAGGGACCAAUCAUUAUAUUGGUCUCUUUAGGUUUAAAAUUAUUUUAGUGUCAUCCUGGUUCGAGAUGUUAUGGGUAAAUUUCUGAAACAUCUCUAAGAAGGUACCAAUUAAUUUUAAUGCUUAACAUUGGCAAUAAAUAUAGUUUUGUAUGAGCCUGUUGGUGUAAGCUCAGAUAAUCAGAAAAAAGAAAAUAGCAUGAUUCAAAUGAGACACAUUCUGCUGAACAGCUUCUGCUCCCUCCCCAACUCGUCCUGCCAUGGGAGACUUGUACAGUUGCUGCUGUUGUUCAGCAUGCCACGCAUAAGGAGAAAAUGCCUCAGGCUGGGCUGCCAGUCUUUCACAACUCAGCUUGAAUUCCAUGACAGUGUUUUUGAGAAUCUCCAUGGUAUAUACUGAAAUAUCAGUGUGCUGUGAUGCAAAGCUUACCUUUGACGAUAUUGAAUGUGAUAUAUAGCUGUAGAGAAGUACUUCCUUGCCUUAUGUGAGGAUCGUAAGCUUAUUUAAAUUAUGUAGACAAAUCAAAGUGGCAUUGCUUAAUUUUUAGCAGGUAUAAUAAGCAGGUUAACAGUAAAAAUGCAAAACAUAAUAAGUCACUUUGAAAAUUCAAACCAAAGUUCCUUGACCUUAUAGAUAUAGGAAAUUAUGGACUUGAGAAUUGGACAUUCCCUGUUUACAUUUAAAAAGUUCAGAGCUGAGAUUGUGGUUAAAAAAAAAAAUACCGAGAAACAUUUUAUAACUGUGGACCUUAUGGGUGCAAUUUGAAAUCAUUUUAAGCAUCUUACCAGACUGAACUAAGAGCACAUACCAAACCUAUCUUAUGAUUAAAAGUUGGGGUUUAUUUUUUAUAUAAGAAUAUUAUCACUAUUACAUAACAUACUCAGGACAAAGAACUUUGCUCAGGGAACAUACCAUAUAAUGUUGUCGUUGUUGUUUCUUUACAGAAUAGUCUACAGUCCUGCUUACUCAAAACAAACCAAAUAACUUAGACCUUUAUGUAAGUAUUAUGUACUGAUGCUAAAUAGUAAUAACUACCUCUGAGUUUGACAUAGAUCAAAAUUUCCAAGUAUCAGAUAUCAGUUCUCCUAUUUUUAUUUCAUGUGAAAAGUACUCUGAAGCAGAAUUCCCGAACUCUUUGCAUAUGUGAAUAUCACUGAUGUGAGCACAGUGUCCAUUUACAUGGGUGAACUAUUAUUCUGUUUACAGCAAAAGGCUACCUCAUAGUUGAUGCAUAGCACACCUUUAUGCUGCUCCAGCCUUACAGUGGCUGAUAAUUCUCUGGUACACAACCUUUUUAUCUAUAUUAUAGAUAGCAAUUCACAACUGCAUGUUUCUGACAAACACUUGUGAAUAAUGAAGCAUCUCAUUUAGUUAGCAAAGUCUCCAAGCAUUUCCCUAAAGUUGUCGUGUAUUUAGUUUAAAGACUUAUGGGCACCUUUCCAUGUAAGCAAAACAGAAGAGAGGAGCAAUCUUGGAAAUAGCUCCUUUGCCCAGAGGUUGGGGGCAGGAAGGAGUAGCAAGAGGAGAGGUUGGUGUACAAGUGUAUUCAUGCUGGGCAAAAGUAGAAAAGAUGCCAAUCUCCUUCACUUGUGUCUGUGCUGCCCUGAGGCAGCAUUACUGCCCUCGGCACAGAACUAACUAGCACUAGCUUGCCAAGGAGUGAACAGAGCGUGGACGUGCAAUGCCAUUUCUAGCUACUGAGGAGAAGGGUCUGUGUGCAGCAUCCGUUUACAGGGGUUACUAAUGGGUUGGGCAGGAGGUCUGCAAAUUAAUUGCCCUGUGACCUCCCCCCUAUGUCAACACAAGUGUGAUUCCUAAGAAAGAUGCACUACCAGUCUCUUAGCCCUGUGAGCUAUUCAUUGCUACAUGGCAGAUUAUAGUAGAAACAUUUUUAUACUUGCAUUUCUAGUCUUUACUAGAAAACAUUGGAUGUAUUUUUACAAUUGAAAGAUUUACAAAGAUUUUUACCUGCUUAUAACUUGGAAGUUUAGCGUGCAAUGUAGCGAAAAAGAUCAAGAAACAUCAUGUUGUUAGCAUUGGUCCAUCUACGAAUAUAGGAUGUUCUUACUGCCGAAAUGUUUUUCACGUUCUGGCCCAGUUUUAUUUUGCACCACUGUGGCCCCAAGUUACUGCUAGUUGUAUUUAGUUUGUGAAUAGAAGCCCAUAAGUGUUAGUAGACGUUGUAACAUUCACUGUAAGAUGAAUUAUACAGGACAUGGGAAAUCUCAUUAAGUCUUAAAGUUAAUUUAAAUUAAUUUAUCUGUUUUCUCUAAGAAAUGUUUAUCAUAAAAUAUAUAUGUGUAUUUCCCCUUUGGUUAUAAAAUUUGGGAAAAGUGUACAAGUGCGGCUGUACUGACUUUAAUUCUCUAGAUGUCUUAAUGAGAUUUAUUUGUUUUAGAGAAGAACAACUUGUUAAAAGCAUCAAAUUCUGUCUUACAUAGCUGUCAACGGCCUCUUUAAGACGUGGUGGUUGUGUGAUUUGUGUCAUAGUUGUUCAGUUAGAGUGAAAGGUUGACCUAUGAAUCAUUUUUCCAUUUUAUAUUUGGAACAAAGCUGCAAAGUUAUGGUAAAGUACUGUACUGUGAGAAACUAUUACGAUAUUUAAUACGUCUGUGGCUUAACACUUGUGAGAGUUAGCAGCUUGACCAUGGUGGUUUGACUACCUCUUGAAUUACUUACAUCUAUCAACCACUGGCAGCCACCGCCAAGCUGGCUUUAAUUAGUGCGUGUGUUGCUUUUUGGUAUUAACAGCUCUAACCAUACUGGAGACCAAAGUGAACACUGAUUUCUAUAUGUCUUUAAUAUGGUGUUUUAUCUAGUGUUUUUAAAUUAUCCUGUGUAGUGUUUAGAUUACCUCAUUGUCCAUUUUGACUCAUGUUGUUUACAAGUGAAAAUAAAAAACACUUGAACUGUAUGUUUUUAAAGGACAAAAAUGGAGUAGAUGCUGGGAUGGCAUUUCACUCAUGUACAGUCGUCUUGACGGACUAAAGUACUGUUUGCCUUUCUGCAGACCAUGCAUUUUAUAUUCUCAUUUCAUGCCUAAUGUCUUAUUCUGUCAAUUAUGGAUAUUUUGAGGUUUAAAGCAAUUACUUGAUUAAAAAUAAAACAUAUAACGUUGGCAUUUA